AGUCUUGUGAACGCAUGAAGUGAGUGUUGGCAGUGAGCCAACCGGUCGACUCAACUUCUUUCUGACAUAAACAAUAACGUAUAUCUUAGACUAUAAAUUUUAUUCGGUUACCUUUAUUUAAUGGAGGAAAGUUAUGUACACAACUCCUCUCUCAUGAAGAGUAGUUAAUUUAUUGCAAGCUGGCAUAAGCUAAGAAUCUGUCACAACUGGUGGUUAUGUCUUCUCACACUGGAUAUCCUGCUCCUGAUACUCUAUCUGUUCAGAAUGGAGGUCACACAUUUUUCAUGUGUCCUUGCGGGACAGCAUCAACAGUUGAUCCACCUGAAAAACACAAAGCCGAUUGUCCAGCUCGAAUGCUGACUCUCAUUCGUCAGAAGAAAGAAUGUCUCCAAGAAGAGCAGGACGUAUCUCAAACUUUAACUGCAUCACCAACAUAUUUUGCCCUGCAAACCACACCCUCUGCUCCUGUUACUGAUUCUCAAAUUGGAGGCAGCAGCUCCCAAGACCUUUCUGUUAACAAUGGAACAGAUGGCAAGCAAUACAUGUGCAAUAUUUGUGGUAAACAAUGUGACAGCAAAGGUUUUCGAAGACAUGUACUGUCUCACUCCCAGGACAGACCUCAUAUGUGUUCUGAAUGUGGAGACAGCUUUGCUCAAAACAGUGCUUUGCAAAGGCACAUUAUGUCACAUACCGGUGAGAAGCCUUUCUCUUGUGAAAUUUGUGGGGAAGCUUUUAAAGUAAACUACCAUUUAAAAAGGCAUUACAUGAUCCAUACUGGUGCGCGCCCAUACGCAUGUCAAGAAUGCGGUGAAAAAUUUUCACGAAAUAGUCACUUGAAGAGACAUGCCAUGAUUCACUCUGGUGAAAAGCCAUUUCCUUGCACACAGUGUGGUAAAAAGUUCUUGAAUUCAAAUCACCUGAAGCGACAUCUUAUGACACACUCUGGUGAGAAACCAUAUGUGUGCACAGAGUGUGGACAGAAGUUCUCUCGUGGAAGCCACCUGAAGCGCCAUUUGCUCUCACACUCCGGAGAAAAACCUUUUAAGUGUGAUGAGUGCAAUCAAAUGUUUGUGUCCAUGGAAAGCUUGAGAAGACACCAUUUGACUCAUUCAGAAGAGAAACCAUUUGCAUGUGAUGUUUGUGGGAAAAGAUUUAUGGACAGAAACCAUUUGAAAAGACAUUUGACUGUUCAUGAUGUGAAACCAUUUAUAUCCUCCCCUGAGAAGAGUCAUGAUGCUGGAGAUUUUGCUGUUGAUAAGAAGCCUAUUAUAAAUCAUCCUUAUACAGAUUCAGAAACUAAGAAUUUUGCUGUAAAUGUUCAAUCCUCUUAAGUUGUUAGUGUAUUGAUAAGAUUACUUGUGGAAUUUAUGUUUUCUUUCUCUAAAUGGAUUUGUUAAGAUAUAAGUUAUUUAAGAAACCCUUCUGUGUAUAUUUCUUUAGCUAGAGGAGUGAUAACCUAAAUAAAUGCUCUCUCUUCAAGUCAA